CGCCCGCGGGGAAGGGACGGCAACAGCAAAAAGGAGGGGUUUUACAACGUCGUUGGUAUCCCCACCCCGCGAGUUGUGGGGGCAAAAAAAGAGACGGGGGGUCCUUGGAUCAAAACGUACAGUCUCCUUUUGGUGCAACUCUGAUCGAGGUGGGGAGAAAUGCAGCCUUCUUAGAAAGCCGAAGAGGGGGAUUUCCCCCCACCACCACUUUGCCCAAGAAAAGCACAUCCUUUGGCAGACAUCCAGGAUCAAGACGUUUGACCUGAGUUUCUUACCCUGGCUGUUGUGACCUGCUGCCCCAUCUGUUAGCCAACUCCCACAUUCAUGGGAGGUAGAAUGAGAGAGAGGGCGGGCCAGAGAGAGAGAGAAGCACUGAAGACAGGUUGAACGGAUUAACAUUAAUCCUCAAGAUUUGCUCACUUCCAACCAGACAAGAACAGCUACCGGUUUAACUGCAGAUUCCUUCAGCACUGCUCUCACAACUCAAAGUCCAAGAAAGGCCUCAUCUGUGCCCUUCCCACCUGCAUUCCUGGAUGGUCCAGACUUUUAAAAAAAAACCACCAAAAACAAGCCAGCUUGGUAGCUUUAUGAAAUCUGCAAAAAGUGAGCUGUCCAGAUGGACCUGAGAGAGGAAUGAAAGUUAGAUGCCCACUCUCUGCAAGAAAUCCAGAAGUUCCCUGGCAGGUUGGUCUUGAUUCUUUCAAGAGCAGAGGAGGGAGAAGCAGUAACAGAUGUGAUGGGGACAUCCAAGAAGAUGACUGCUUAAGAAGUGUGUGACCCCACUGGAGUGUGACUACACACAUCUCUGGGGUGGAGUCCAUCUUUUUAAGGGACACACCAAGACAUUCCUGAAACUGGGCUUUCCAUCAACGUGCUUAGAGAUGAGUCUUGGGAAGCUACCAGUGAUCGGCUGGGUGUCCAGCUCCCACAGCAAGCGCCGUUUCAAAACAGAACUGACGCCGGACAUGAUUAGCCCCCCACUGGGAGACUUUCGUCACACCAUGCAUGUUGGGCGUGGUGGAGAUGCUUUUGGGGACACUUCCUUCCUCCGUAACCAUGGUGGGGAAGAAGCCAAGCCGAACAACUUCUUUGCUCGGACACUAAGACACGUACGGAGAAGCCCGCUCAGAAACAGGGGAAGUAGGAGCAAGGAUGAGGCCUCUCCGUUGCCUCCUGCCAUCUCACCCAUCAUUAAGAACGCUGUGUCUUUGCCUCAGCUUAACGAGGGGAGCUACAGGAAAGAUAGUUUGGGAGGUUUUGCCUUCAAGAGCACUCCCAACAGCUUCUCUGACUAUGGAUUGGAAUCUGGAUUCUGCACCAUUCCCCGUGUUCCUCGCUCAGAGAAGACUCAGGAGAACACCAGCUUUGCAGAAUCAGCCCUGACACGUUCAGACUCUUUGCUGUCUUUCCGCCUUGACCUUGGUCCUUCCUUGAUGAGUGAACUGCUUCAUGUUAUUGGCCACAGUAACAGAGAAGAGGCUGAAGGAGAGGAAAGCCAAACUCCAGCCAGCAGUGACAUUGUCCCACCUCAUCACCUGAAGGGCAGCCAGGUGGAGGACUCUUUGCCCUGGAGAUCAAGGUCACUUCAAGCCAACUGUGAAGACAGAAAAGCUGAGUCAAGCUUCUGGGGUCACUCUGAGACUGAUUCAUCCUUGGGACACUCUGUAUGUACCAAUGGGGAUGGUCAUUCUCUAGAGUUUUCUCAGGAAGAGUUAUCCUGUUCUCAGGGCAGGCUCCCCAGCUCUGAAUUGGGAGAUGACUGCUCUAUGGACAUGAAAGAAUUCAGCCAGGCAACCCCAGUUUUAUCUGGCCAUUAUGGCAUGGGAGGUGGCUACCACCAGGGCCUACAACAGCAAGAUGAGUCAAGGAGUCAGACUUCAUGGGAAAGCUCAAAUGUCCAUACAUGGCAUUUGAAAGUUGGACAGGAACACAAGGCUGAGUGGUGCCAGGAAGCAGAGGAAGAGGAAGAAGAGGAGGAGGAGGUGGAAGAGGAAUUCUACAGAGAUGGGACAAGUAGUGCUAGAGAAGGGCACAGCAGUUCCUUUGAAUAUGUGGAUGAGGAGGAAGAUGAUGAAGUUAAGGUCUGAAUAGCCAUAAACAGUCUCUUGUGAUCUUCCAGGAGAUACCAGUGUUAAAAGGAACAGUGCAGGUGACAAGCUGACAUUCUGGCAGGUGUGUGAACUCAAAGGUUUGGCCUUAUUUGGAGAUUAUCUAGAUGGUCAUAGGCAGGAGAAGAAGGUAGCUGAUUCCUCUGCUUAGCUCUCCCCCUUCCCUUCCCUGCUUUGGGAGUUUAAAGGAAAAGAUGGAGCCAAAAGGGAACCAUACAGAGCUGGCACCCAAGACUCGGUUUCUUUUUCAUUGAAGCGAGCAUUGAAAGGUGUUAAAUGAAUUCACAUCUUCCUUCAUUGGCUCGUACUCACUGACUAAUAUUCCCAUUUUGUCGCUGUGUGUUGUGCCCUGAUCCCUUCCAUGAAAAAGAAGCUACCAUGUGAAAAAGAUCUUCCACAUCUUGGUCAAAAAAUUAUAGGAAAGAAAGUAUAAAAGGUAAAGGUUCCCCUUGACAUUUUUAGUCCAGUCAUGUCCGACUCUAGGGGGCGGUUCUCAUCCCGUU